AUGGCCGCCGAAACGCCACGACAAUAUGUCCCCUUGACGUGUCACGGCCACUCUAGGCCUGUACCACACAUCAGCUUCUCCUAUCUUGAGAAGGAAGAAACCUACUACUUGAUCUCGGCGUGCAAAGAUGGCAACCCGAUGUUGCGAGACGGCGUCACGGGCGACUGGAUUGGAACAUUCAUUGGCCAUAAAGGCGCUGUCUGGCAGGCCCGUCUAAGUCCUGACGCGACAAACGCUGCGACAGCUUCGGCGGACUUUACGGCAAAGAUUUGGGACACCCACACUGGCGAGCUCCUUCACACCAUCCAGCAUGACCACAUUGUACGCGCUGUGGCCUACCCCCCGGAUAACUCCGACCUCGUUGCGACUGGUGGCAUGGAGAAGAAGCUUCGCAUAUUCGACUUGACCGAGCUGGCCAACAACCCAGCAGGCGAAUCCGGGACGAUUCCUGCGUCGACUGGGUUCGAGAUUGCCGAGGGAGUGCAUAAAGCAAGCAUCAAGUUCAUCUGCUGGACACAUGAUCCUAACGUGAUUGUUACUGCCUCGGAUAAGACUCUGCGCUGGCUUGAUCUUCCUACCCGCACUUGUAUUCAUCAAGAAGUCCUCGACGGCGAAAUCAAGUCCUGCGAGUUUGUGUCAGUCUCUCCCGACAGUGCAUCCCCAAGCGACAUUGGCGGGGGCAAGCCUGUGCUAGCCGUCGCGGCCGGCAAAACCGUCUACUUCUGGGGCGGUCACGAUGCCAGGGAAGAAUUGAAGCGGAUCACACUGCCUUACUCGAUUGCGAGUGUGGCCCUGGAUGUCAAGGGACGCAAAUUCGUCGUCGGCGAGGAACCUGGAACAUGGGCCAAGGUGAUUCGCUACGAUGACGAAGUUGAGAUUGACACCCACAAAGGCCACCACGGUCCGAUCUGGUCCAUUGCGUUUUCCCCCGAUAGCAAAUUGUACGCGACCGGCUCCGAAGAUGGUACAAUCAAGCUGUGGAAGAACUGCGAUGGUUACUAUGGCCUCUGGAGAGGAGGAGCUGCUCCUGGAACUGCCGAGAAGCCUGCGGAAUAG